UUGGGGCGGAAACAACUGGGUCCGCUCUUCCUGCCGAAUGCGCGCUCCCGACGCAGGGGAUAGAAAUGCUGAGGAGGCCGUUCAUUCACUGACUGCUUCAGGACGGAGCAGGACGGAGCAGGACAGUCUUCUACAUGCAGAAAACGGACGUGUGACGCACAAGAUGGCUGCUCCACAGGCUGUGACUCCCAUAUCCUCCCAGGAUAAAUCCAGUCGUUUCAAUGUGGUGUCCUGGAUCAACAGACUUCUCAAGACAAACUUCAAAGAUGUGCGAGAGAUGGUAUCAGGUGCAUGUCAGUGUCAGAUGAUGGACUGUACUUUUCCUGGUUCUGUUGACCUGACCAAAGUGAAGUUUGAUGCACAGAGUAAGGAGCACUUUAGGCACAACUACAGUCUUCUUCAGGAUGCCUUCAGCCAGAAGGGUGUUAAAAGGACCAUUCCAGUUGAGAAGCUCAUACAAGGAGAUGUUACAACCUGCUCCGAGUUCAUGAAGUGGUUCAAACUUUUCCACACAGCAAAUGCAAAAAGUGAAGAUUACGAUCCUUUGAAAGCUCGAAACGGCAAGGAUAUAGCUCCAGUUUUGACAUAUUCAGAGUCAGGGGACUCGGACAAGGAAAUGGACGGCUCUGCAACAACAACUAAAACUUUCCCCUACACUGAACAGUGGAAGGAGGAUUUUGAUUGGGCAGAUCGAAGUACCCUUGGAGAGCAGCAUACCUACUGCUCCUUCUGCCACACUAACCUUAAUACAUUCAGAAAGGGCAUUGCUGAGCUUCAGCGACACAUGUCAACAAAUAAACACAUAACAAGGGCCAAACGUUUUCUCAGCAGUCAAAGGAAAUGCCAUGUCGCCGAGCCAUUCCCCUGCAGUGACGCAGCUGUUCGUUUCAUUUACAAUCGCUGUUACACCGGAUCUGCUAAAGGCGAGCAGGUCUCGAGACAUUUUGCACACUGUAAGCUGGGGCUGAAGUACCCCAAGAACCUCAUCUCUGUUAGCAAGCACACUCCUUACUGCGUUUACAUUUAUGAAGGGCUGACAGCUGAAAAGAAUGACAUUGUCACUGUAGUUCUGUUGGGGUUUUUUGACCCCGGAUCAUCUAUUCACCGCAUCUGUUUUCUGGAUGCUCUUCAGUCAGAGGAUGGGGCAGAAGAUCAAACAGCAGCAGCUGUGGUGCAGACUUUAAAAAGAUUUGAGCUUUCCACUGAUAAUCUUGCUGUUUGUUACAUUGGUAAUAGUGAAGCUUCAGAGCGGAUUUGUUCACAUCUCAGGGAGCUCAAUCCAAAAAUAAUAGCAUUAGGAGGUUUGUACACCGUUGCCGAUGCUGCUUAUCAUGCUGGGGUUAGGGAGCUCUCCAGUCAAGUUCAAGAGCUGAUGGUAGACCUGCAUGCACGCUACUCCUCUUGCUCUAUGAAGAACGACAACCUUAAGGCUCUCUUCGGCUCAGAUAUCAGUAAGAACAGCAAUCCAUUUUACCUCAACAUGAGCUGCCUUAGAUUUUGCCAGUUGAUCAAAAAAAUUUUAGAAAUGUGGAGUGAUCUGAUACUAUACCUCAGCUCCUGUCCUAACGAUGAUAAAAAGGCCAAGUCGCUGUAUUCCCAGCUGAAGGAUCCCAAAGUCAAGGCAACAUUUAUGUUUCUUGAACAGGGCUUAAAGCCUCUGGAAAAAUUUCAGAGACAAAUUCAGGAGUCAAAUUCCCCGGCUAACAUACCGCUCAUCCUAGAAGAAGCCAGUACGUUGCUUAGCACGUACACAUCUUGCUUUCUUCACCAUAAUGCCGCCACUCGCUACCUCAAGGAACACGAUGCUGAAAUCCUGAAAAACAAGACGUUCCACCUCUCAAGCCAGGAUCUCAAUCUGGGUGGGAAAGCUGUGGAAGACUUCCUGAAAAGAGACGAGGCAACAGAGGAAUUGCCACAGAUACAAGAAGAGGUGUUGCUGUUUUAUGUUGCAGUCACGGGUUGCAUUGCUGAGGUGCUGCCUCUUGGUGACUUGGUGCUAAAAAACAUUGCUCACGUGCUGAACCCGCAGACCAGCGUGAAAGUUAAAAAAGUAGCAGUGGAGGAGCUCGGGACCCAGCUGGGAGUCUGCAAAUCCCCUGAGGAGGUCAGGCAGCUCAAAAAGGAGUUUAGUGAGUAUCAUCUGGCCGAGGAGGGGGAAAGUAAAGAGGGAAUGACUGGAGGGAGAAGACUGGAGAAGAAUCCCUGGGCUAAUGUACUUAAAGGCACAGAGCCCACCUCAUUGUUCAGGAAGCUGGUUUUGACCCUGUUGUCAUUCCCAUGUCCUCCACUCGAUGCUCAACAUGUUUUAUCUCAGGCUUUAGACAACAAUGAUACCACACUAUUUUCUGAGAGUGACACUCCCACAGAAAGUGAAAGUGAGAUCAUAUCUGACAGUGUUCUUACCAACAGCAAAAAACACCUCCAGGUCCACGCUGCAGGAUUGAAUGGCAUUUACUUGAAGCCCUGUGAAGUCCGUCUUACAAAGAUGAAAGAUCUCGGUUAUUUUAUCUCUCCGGCGAAAGAGGGAGCCUGGAGGGGAGGUCAUGGCUGGGAGAAAAGCUUACGCCAGAAACCACAGGCCCGUAAAGUCUUUCAGGCUGGUGCUUGUACCUGGUCCAAACCCACAGGUCUUACUUUAGACAGCAACAAUGAUCAGCAGUCCAUAGAUGAUGUGCGUGAAAAAACGUCCAGUAAAUCUCCGGCAUCCAGAUCUCGACACAGUCAGUACCAGGAUGGGAAAGCAUUCCCUGUAGGGGAGCUGGUAUGGGGUAAAUUAUCUGGGAUUUCCCUGUGGCCUGGACUGGUUAUACCAUGGAAAUCCAAGCAAGCUUCCCCAGACAUGCGAAGGGUGGAGUGGUUCGGAGAUGGGAUGGUUUCAGAGAUCAGCACAGAAAGACUGAAGCCAUUUAGUUCCUUCACUUUGUUCUUCUGCAAAAAUUCCUUCACCAGUUUGCCCACCUACAGGGAAGCCAUCUACCAAAUCUGUGAGCUGGCAGCUGAACGAUGUGGGAAGUCUUUUACCCAGGCAGAAGGUGAUAAAGAGCAAGAGCUGAAGCUGAUGGUGGAAUGGGCUUCUGAAGGAUUUCUGCCUACAGGACCGAUGGGAUUUGCACCUCUAAAGUCUUCAAAUCAAGAUUCUGGUGACUGUUCCUCCGACUAUCAACCCCCGCCAAAAAGGAAAUAUGUCUUUAAAAACCGGGCCCCCAGCACCCCCUACAAUAGAGAAUCACUGAAAGAAAAGCUCAAAGAAAGAGGCAAAACAAUUGAAAAUUUCUGCUUGUCUUGUUCAUCACCUGAGAUCGAUGUCCAGCAUCCUUUGUUUGAAGGUGGUCUUUGUGAAGGAUGCAAGGAGAACUUCACAGAGACGCUGUAUCGUUACGACGAAGAUGGCUACCAGUCGUACUGCACUAUUUGCUGUGCAGGCUUAGAGGUCAUUCUGUGUGGGAACUCCAGCUGCUGCAGGUGUUUCUGCAAGGACUGCUUGGAUAUCCUGGUAGCUGAAGGAACCUUUGACAAACUAAAGGAGGUCGAUCCCUGGAGCUGCUUCCUGUGCAAGCCGUCACAGUGUGCUGGACUCCUCAAACUGAGACCAGACUGGAGUGUCAAAGUUCAGGAUUUAUUUGCUAAUACCAGCGCCAUGCAGUUUGAGCCUCACAGAGUGUACCCCUCUAUCCCUGCCCAUCAACGCAAGCCACUCAAGGUGCUCUCACUUUUUGAUGGUAUUGCAACAGGAUAUCUGGUUCUCAAAAACCUGGGUUUCAAGAUCGAGAGAUACAUCGCUUCUGAGAUCUGCAACGACUCGAUUGCUGUGGGAAUGAUCAAGCACGAGGGGAAGAUUGAAUAUGUGAAUGAUGUUCGCACCAUUACAAGGAAACAUCUGGCUGAAUGGGGUCCUUUCGAUCUCCUGAUUGGAGGCAGUCCAUGUAACGAUCUGGCCUUGGUCAACCCAGCAAGAAAAGGACUCUAUGAGGGCACCGGAAGACUCUUUUUUGAGUAUUACCGCAUCCUGACCUUGUUAAGGCCAAAGGAGGAGGACAACCGUCCAUUCUUCUGGCUGUUCGAGAACGUUGUUUCAAUGGGAGCCAGUGACAAAAACGACAUCUGCAGGUUCCUUGAGUGCAACCCGGUUCUUGUUGAUGCAGUGAAAGUCAGUCCUGCUCACAGAGCUCGCUACUUCUGGGGAAACAUACCUGGCAUGAACAGACCUCCCAAUACCAGUCUUGAUGAUAGAGUCACUCUGCAGGAUUGUUUGGAACUUGGCCGGGUGGCAAAGUUUGACAAAGUCUGCACAAUCACAACAAAGCCUAACUCCAUAAGGCAAGGGAAGAUGGGGCCUCUACCUGUCAUGAUGAACGGCAAGGAGGACUACCUGUGGUGCACCGAAAUGGAACAGAUCUUUGGCUUUCCCAAACACUACACUGAUGUGAACAACAUGGGUCGGAUACAGAGGCAGCGAGUUCUGGGUCGUUCCUGGAGCGUCCCUGUGAUCCGCCACUUACUCGCACCUCUGAAGGACUACUUUGAAUGUGAAUAGGAACGGUGAGGUGAACCUUCUCCUCGGAGCAGCAGCGAGAAACCUAAUGCCUUAUCUAUGGGUGCUUUUAGUUAGAUUCUCUGGGCUUUCUUCUAAAGGUCCAAUGUGGUGUUUUGGCCCUUGGCCCAUUUAACCCUUUGAUUGCCAGUCGUCCAGUUUCCUCACCAGCAACCAUUUUUCCAUGCUGUUUUUUCUACUUACUGAUGUUUUCCACUAUGAAGCUGUGAUCCGAUGAUGUUGAAGCUCAGAACACACGCAUGUGUCACAAAGUGACAUGAGACGGUUAGCUCCACAUCUUCAGGUUUAACUCAGGCUUUUAUGACUACUGAACUGCUUACAACUUUGGAUUGCCAUGGCAACGGCACAAAUUAACAGCGAAACCAGCAAUUAGUUUCAUCAAUCAGGUCAGAAAUAGUUUGUAGGCAGGGAAAGCAUCAGUUGAGGCUCUGCUCUGUAUGUGGUUUUUAAAAAACAAUGCAAUGCUGCGUUUAAUCGUGCACCGUUUUCACUUUUUAACCAUCUUUGUGAUCUAUAAGUACGACAGAAAUGAAGACAGCAACAUAAAACACUUUUGUGUACUGUACCUGCUGGGUGUUUCAUUGACCUGUUGAUCUACAAAGAGAUAUUUUAGCCUUAUUAGCUUUUGUUUUUCAAAAAGAAUCAUUAUUUUGUUUUCAGGUUUUAUUUAUGGUCAUUAACAUAUUUUACAUGUUUACAUCUUUUCUGUGGGUUUUAAGUGAAGUGUAUCAGCUCGCCCCUGUGAUUCAUCAUGAAGAAAGUUUUUAGUUUUGUAAAAGCUGGCUGUCCGCCCUCUUCACCCUGAACUAAAACCCCGCUAAGCUCUAGAUGACAUACAUUAGCUAUUAUAUCAUGGCAAAAUCACAACAAAUUUGGAAAACCUCUGCAGUUCUGAAGGCACCAAGUCCUCCCUGUUGAAACGCCAGGUUUUUAUGAUUUAUUAACUUUAUAAUACUUUUCUGCACAUGUGAAAUAUAGUCUGUACAAUUCACCCUGUUGCAUAAAUAUGAAUACCUUUAAACUAAUACUUUGUUGAAGCAAAUUUUAAUUCAAUUUCAGCAUUUAGUCUUCCUGGGUUCACACUUGCCAUUCAUUAUGGUGAAUGUGAUUGACCUGAAAUACAGUUCAGCUGUCCCGGUAGGAAAGACUCAUUGCACACACGGAUCCGUCAGUAGGAAGAAAAUUCUAACACCCUGACGCCGUGAAGGUCACUGAUAACUGGAGAUAAUACGGGAUGACAAAGACAGUCUCCUGUGUUCUCCGCAUGUCUGCGGUAAGGAGAGACAAAUGUCCAAGCCUGGCUAAAAUCUCAAAACCUGGCUAAAGUAUCAGAUAUCCUCACAUUCUGAUGUGGUCUGUCAAGAGGUAGAGUUGACAGAGAUUGCUAAGCUCAGAUGUAGAUUGAAUCAAAUAGGUACUAGUAUUAGUUUAGGAGUGGUCACAGUAAUGCAACAAGAUUAUUGAACCUUUCUUAUUCUGGUCCUUCGAACAGAUUCGUUUUUCAGUUGAAUUUUCCAGGACCAAUGUCUCAUUUUUGUGGGGGAAAGAGUUUUUACAUCAGAAAAACUUGGUAUUUAAGGUGUAAGUGUAAAUGUGAGGACCACUGCAUGCCACAGUGUUCCUAAAGAUUGCAAAGACCAUCCAGGUUCUGUCACGCUGCGGCCUUAAUACAAGGUGAACGGACCCUUAAAGAACCACUAAACUCACUCUGUGGCGCAGGCCCCGCUCUUUACAUCUUUAAAUCGGCAGUUUCAGGUUUUCUUUAUAUUUGUAAUGGAAAUAAAAUUAGUUAACUUUUUUGUUUUCAGUGUAAUCUAUAUGUCACAUUGUUUUUAACUUGUGAACAGAACCUUUAAGCCUGAUCUGAUUAUCAAAUGUGAUUCAUUUGAUUGCUUUAAUUGCUUUACAUAUUGUUAACCUUUAUUUUAAUGUGUUGAUAUCCAAACUGCCUUAAUCCCACUGUGGAGCCACUGCCAUUUUCCAUUUGUUGCAUUUUUACUCGCAUGUUUAUGUUUCUCAAGGACUGUUAUUUAUACAAGAAAUAACUGAGUUGACAACAUACCGUAAAUAUCUAAAGUAGGAAGGAAGGUAGCAGCGGUUUUCCUAUUUAAUCCACUGAAUAACGUGAUUGUGUGGAAACGGAUGGAAAAAGUAGCCUAGAAGUUAAAAAUAGGCGUAGCUUUGGUAAAAUAAUGGAUGUAGUUUUAAGGUUAAAUUUACUGUUUAAUUAAGAAAUAGAAACAGAUUUGAAAUCGAAAAAAAUUCAGUUAGAUUACAAAUAACAAGGAAACAACAUUUCUUGUCGUUUUCUAACGUUGAAUCAUCAGAAACAUGGAAGAUGAUCAAGCUUUAAGCAUUUAUAUGAAUUUAUAGUUGUUACAUGUUAGGAUUUUAUGUGCAUCACUGAACAUUCAGCCGGGUUCGUUUUUAGCUCAGUUAGACUCUAGUUUUUAUCCCAUCAUGAAAAUCAUGUAUUAAGAUUUAGAUGACUGUCAAACUGCUUUUUGAUUUUAAUAAAAACAGGUUUCUAGAUAAUAAUAAAAAACAACGAUGACAAGGUAAGAAUAAAAGCCUUUAAGUCAAUAUGUGAAAUAUCUGAUCGUUAUCAUGGACAAAAUGAUGGUUAAAAAAACAAACUUUAAAAGGUACAGUAUUAAACUACAGUGGUUAAAUAAAUCAUUUAAAUUAAUCCUUGCUGCUGCUACUCAUAUAAUGGCACAUUUUAAUAUUUAUGCUAUUUAAAAAAGGUUUUACUGUACAGUCAGUGUGCCUUCAUUGCUUCAGUUUUAGAACACAAUACGUUUCUAGACUGUUAGUUUUUAAAACGUUCUGGACAUUUUAGUGGAAAACAUUGACCCAGCUGCGCCUUAUUAUCUGUAUGUUUCACAGACAAUGAAACUGAUGAGCUUUUUUAGCAUCUGAAUUAACUUAGAUCAGCUACGCUUUAAAAUCUGCAGUACUUAAGACUGAGUGAAUGCUGCUAUGAUAAAUCUGGAUUUUUAAAAGCACAGUUUGUGAUCUGUGAUCUUGUUAUGUUUGCUAAAAUUCCCCCCAAAAAGCUAGGAGUGUCAAUGUUUUGUGUAAAAUCUAAACCAGACCCAGUUGAAUAACAGUAGGUCCAGUUUAAUUUCCUGAUCCAAGCGGGUCUAGUGCGCAAAAAAAGGUCAAAUAGGCCCUAUUUUAUAACCUUUGAAUGAGUAAGCUUUUAACUAUUCAAGUUAUCUAAAAUUAAACACAAUUUUUCAAAAAGCCUUUUAUCUUCAGAAGAGCAUUAGUAUUUUUGUCCUAAAAAACAGAAAAGGGAAUAAAAUCUGGAAUGUCCUAAAUUUUCCAGAUGGUGUAGGGAUCCUGUGUAGGUUAGAUAAAAACCUGACUCGUAAUGGUUUCUCUUUACGCUCCAAGAACAUCUCAACAGAAACAGUUCAUCCACUUUAUUAUUUUAGUUUUCAGUUGUGGUUUGUCAUCAGGAUUUUUGUUUUAUAUGAAACUGAACAUUAAUGGGAUUUUUUUAAAGUUCUAUAAUUCUUCUAAACCUCGACAGAACUGUGAGCUCAAAUCCGAUCUGUUUUUUGGUCACGCUACAUAUUACAUGUCAUGUACUGUAAGGAUGCAUAAUCAGGGGUGACUGUGUCAUUUCAUGUGUUUGACAAACAUUUCAGUGUUCCAGACGUGUGCGUGCCACACACACACAUGCAGAAAUACAUUGAAAUGACGCGUUUACCUCGUUUGUUUUAUGGUGCUGUGCUGAUGGUGCUAACAUUGCAUGUGUACUCUUGUUUUGCCCUUUAGGGGCCUCAGAUUGAACAUAAUCUUGGUCAACUGGGUUUGUCAGUAAUGUGUUGACUGUUCAGUUGUGUUUGCUUUAAAGGAAUGUAGAAAAACAGCUGGUUAAAUUUUAUGUGAAACAAUUUUGAAACAAUAAAUAAGUUUGUGGGAUUUACCAUAAAA